AUGCCAAGCACCCCCAACAGUACACUUUUCGGGCGCUCCCAAUACGACCUUACACCGACGCAGAAGCUGCUCUACGCGUCCGAACGCGCUCCCAACUACCGCCAAAUCGCCAAGCUCUUUGCCACCCGAUCCAAAUACACGCUCUCUCCAUGCGACCUCGUUCCCUCAGAUGUCCAGCUCCAACUUGCCGAGUUCGGCGAAUUUGCAGAGAUGGCGUACGGAGACGCGGAGUUUAUUUAUGGGAACAUUGAGAUGCUCACACAGACUGACUUCCCGCUGGAGGGUUACAAUGCUCUACGUCAAGCGAAACUCGUGGCCGCUUUUCAGGGCACAGUGGCGGACGUGCCAGGGUGCGUCUCAUACCGCGCGGAGACCAAGCAGCUCGUAAUCGGGUUCUCGGGCACUGCGACAGUCAGGCAACUGCUAUUCGAUUUGUACGCCACUAAGGUGGCGCAUCCUGCGGGGCAGGGCAGUGCUGUACACUCGGGCUUCUGGAAGAUGUACCUGGGGUGCAAGACGCAGAUAUUUACCGCUAUCCACAAGGCCGUCCGCAAAUAUGAUGUCGCCGAGGUCGUGAGCGUGGGACACAGCAUGGGCGCUGCUCUCAGUUAUCUGCUCGCGCUCGAUCUCAUCUGCUCGGAGGCGCUUCUUUCAUCAAGGUUGACCUUGACCGUGGCAGCUUUUGGCAGUCCGCGGGUUGGAAAUGCGCGUCUGUAUGACCGGUGGCAGGAAAUGGUAGAAAGUUACAGAUCUUUUCACGGUGAUAAUUCUGUGAAAGAAUAUCUCGUCAAGGCUAAUAAUGAUGGUGUUCAUACAAUACCCACAGAGAGCUUGGGUUAUAGGCACCUUGCACGGAUACCCUUGUAUUUAUACCAUGGCCGACUCUUCUAUAUUCCCAAUUCGGAGAGGGAACACGGUGAUUUCACCGUCUCAACUGAAGCUUUAGACCAGACGAGACCCCCGGAUCAUCCUAGAGGCGGGCACCAGUACUACAACUGCAGAAGUUUCGAGAAAGUCGUGCUGCGCAUGUUCUGGCUCAACAAGAUGAUGAAGGCGCACCCAGAGGGUUGGCAACAGGCGUACUUGGCACAGAUAGCUCUUUUGGCGCAGAGCGAACUUUGCACCGCAUCUGAUGUUUCUGAAGACGGCGAGCUGCCAGGCUCGCCGGUUGGAGACGGUGUGCAGAUGAACGACGAGCGCAGUGAGUUAACAGAAGAGACAGCCAAUCGGUCGAGCCACGGAAUUGACGGUGAGGUCGUGAUACCGGGGACGAUAGCGGUGACCCCGGGUAGUGAAGGAAGAGGGAUGGGAGUAUUUUCCAAGUGGCAAAUGCGGAAAUGGUUUCAAGACACUCCUCCGCUUUCUCCAGUGAGCGCGCGUCGAGACGCGUAUGGUCACAUUCCCGACACGGUGUGA